AUUGGAUGGACUCCGACGAAAAAGAGAUAAAUCUUGAAAUCAUUUGUCGUAUAAUUCGGAAAGUAGUCAAAAUUACAACUUGUCUAAUUGAAAUUCUGCUCCCUAUUGUGCCCUGUGUCUUAACAGCUAGAGAGGUAAGAAAGAUUUAUUUGCAAGUCUUGUUCUACUUCAAACUCAUUCCAUUCAUGAAUAGUAUUAUUAUACUAAUAUUUCAAUAAGUUUUACAACGACAUAAAUGUUCUGCAGUAUCUACAAAAAGUUGAUUAUUGUUUCAAUAAUAUAUGAUUUAAUGGUGAUGAGUCUCUUACGAGAGAUAUUUAACGUUUGAAGUGAUAAACUGGACGUAAUUAGGAAGCACUAUUAAAACUAUAAGAUGUAUAAUAGUAAAUUUUAAGUAAAUUUGAAUACGUCAAUUCCGCACACAUUGACAGAAACUCAACCCCUCGUCUUUUCAAUAUUUAAUUUAUGAGAAUACUUUAAAAAUACAUGAAUAAACUACGUACACUACCAGAACUCGUUUUUAUAUAAGUUUUUCAUUUUUUAGGCAAAGAAAACUCCAGUUGUGAUCAGUGAACUGAUGAACAAGGAUUUGCCAACCAAAAUUAGAAAACAGGGACUUACAUCACCAGCAAUGGCAGUGUCACCCUGGUCAAGCACUUGGCAAAAGGCUGUUGGCAGACGCAGGCCCUCGCUUCACCAGCUGGCUGGUAGUAGAGUCUGGGUAGAGGUCAGGCCAAGCAGUUGAUUGCCCUGAUAACUGGACAUGGCCACUUCAGGAAACAUCUCAACACAAUUGGACUCAGAAAUGAAAGCCAGAUGUGUAGGCUUUGUAAUCAGUCUGAAGAGACUGCCAAGCAUAUCAUACUGGAUUGCGAAAGUCUUGGAACUAGAAGAAGGGCUCUAUUUGGCUGCAAGCAACCAGGUGAGGAAUGGGAUGUUGAUAUAGGGAAAAAACUUCUGGAUCUUGUAAAGGACACGGGAGUUGGUUUGCCUAACUAACAUACUCUGGGACACACAAUAAGCUUCGGUUGACGUGUGAGGUUCUUUGAAUUCGUCCCUUCAAAACACAACAUAAUAAACUUUUCCGUCCAUUCAAGAUUGAAGACCAUUUUGAUAUGUCUCGUGGAGUGAAAUGACUCGCAGAAAUGUGGCCUCACAUCCGCAGUUUGUUAGUGUGACCUUUAUUCUAAAAAUAAAAUAAAAUCUGAGUAGUAUGAAUUUAACCUAGAUUUUGAAUGUGGUGUAGGCCUAGGCUACAUUGAAAUAGGAACAGUUGUGAGCAUAAGUCCGUUUAUUUCAAUAAUUGCAUACAAUGUAGGCCUACCAACAAUAUGGAAUAAAUAAAGAAAUUAAUAAUAUUUACAAGUAGUAGAUGAUGUUAUUAGGUGUUGGAGUGGACUGUGGAGUGAACUUUCUACGUAGCUUUCGAUAAAUUUUUGUUAGUUUUAUGCUACAAAUAUUCGUUAUGUAUAAGUUCUUAUGAUAUUCUUCUUUUCACGUAUUCUAAGCACAGCAAAGUGUGCAAGUGACAAAAACUUGUUGUGAGAUAAAAUUCAAAAUAUCACUAUUGGCUGUGUGGUGAGUAGGCUAUUGAUGCUAAUCAUAAGCAAUAAUAACAGUUUAAAGUGAAUCUCACGUGAGAACGAUUUGCAAUCAUGUAUUCGUCACUGCACCCACGACCCACCCACCUACCGUAGGCCUACACUGUUUUUAGGUACAUUUGGUAUUACAUGAUUCAGACCACAUUGAAUGAUAAUGUGAAAAGGAAUUUUACUUCUUCCCUGUUUAUCUUUCUUCAAUUUCAGCUUGAGAGAUCCAUAAAACUAUUGAAAUUGCAUAAUGCUGAAACUUCAGUUAAUGGAUUAUUGAAAUUCGAUCUAUCAAUUAUGACUACGGUAACUAUAACUUUCAAUCUUUCAUUAACUUUGUAAAUGUCACACUAUUUUUGUCAAAGUGUUGAUGUGUGGCUGAAAGUACUACAAUAUCUUUGCAAAAGGAAAGAAAAUCAAUAAGUGUAUGCUAUUGUUGUCAAUAAUAAUAGAGAGGAUUUUAAUAUUUAGAUCGAGUAAUUCUGAUUAUUUUAACUUAUUCAAACGAGUGAUGUGUCUAAAAAGGAAAUAGAAAUGGGAUGUUAAGUCUAAAAAGAGAAUCGUGAUUAUGUAUGUGAUUACAUUCACGUGCGAUAAUAAAACAGGGUGACUCAAUUACCACGCAACCCACUUAUAAUAAUUCUCGAAAUUGAAGAAAAUAUGAGGAAUUUAUUUUCAAAAAAUGAAUUAAUGUAAUUCACCAGCAAUACAUUUAUAUUACUGUAUGCAAUAGAUGCUGGAAAUAUUCCUCUUCUACGGACAUCUUAACAAGUUUUUUUCCAUUUUAAUUCCUAUCUAAAUGGUUAUUUGUUAAUAUCCUAUGUAUCUAUAAUGUGCCUAUAAUCAUACGUUCUAUUUGCAGAUAGCUGGAUUUGCCACCUCCUAUCUGCUUAUAUUUGUACAGCACGAAGCUUCGCUGAAAUCAUUCGUGAAUACCAAUAAGAAUGAAACUCAGAGCUAAUUUCAUUAAAAUAGCAAAUCAGUUUUAUUAAUACUGUACCCUAGAAAAGUGUUUAAAUUUAUUCAAUACAUACUUCAAUCAGUGAAUAAAUUGACUUAAUCCUUACGUUUGAAAUGAUUUAAUUAAUUUUUAAACAAGCAACUUCAAACUUUUAGAUUUAUAAUAUAAAAAUGACAUAUGUCCAGCGCUUGUUAUGUUUUUGGAAAAUAGGGUAAAACUCUAGAACAUGUCACUGAAUAUCAAAUCCCAUCAUCAUCGUUUCAUUACUAGAGAAAUUAUAAAUAAGAAUUCUGAGCCCAGUAUGUUAACAUUAAAUUAUUAUACCUAUUGUCAUACCACUAAAAUCAAAUAAUAAUAACGCAUGGGAACAGAAUAUGGAAAUAGUUUCAAAGAUAUCUGGAUCAGUACAGUAGUAAUGAUUUUGUAGCAUUACAAUCAUUGUUGUUAUACAAAUACAAUCUCUAAAAUUGAUAUUGAUUGCUUUGAAGUCUUUCGAAUCUAUUGAACGCAAAAUGACUUCUGAAAAGGCUCAUCCUCCUCUCUGAUUGGUUAGGUAUUUAUGGUGUGGGGUAUAGACGCAUAUUAAAAACUACCCCAAACAUAAUAGUGGUAAGGAAAUCUUUAGUUUCAGGUCAGAAAGCUUCACCUCCAGUUCAAAAAGAAUCAACUUGCUUAAGUUUCCAUAUUUCUCUGUUAUCUUUGAGAAUGGGGUUUGAACAGUUGAAUUAUUCAGGUAAAAAAAAUGGAAAUGAAGCUCUUUUUGUGAAACGAGCAAACAGAUGGAAAAGACCAAAAUAUCCAAAUUCUAAGAGGAUUAACAAAAUCAAACUAUCCAGAAUUUUUGAAAAUGAUUAUUUAUAUCUGCGGACGUCGUACCCAAUGUUGGGUUUUCUUAAAAUAAUUGGAGUAGCACCUAUCCAAUUUCAUAAUGGGGAAUUAUUCAUAGGGCAUUCUUUUCGCUUCCUAGUCUAUGUUAGCAUUCUAGUAAUCCUUUUCACUGCUAUAGUUAUUAAUUUCAUAUUAAUUGAAGUCAAAUUUAUGCAUUUUCUAACUCUUAUUCCAUUUUGGAUAGCAAGUCUAAUUGUGUACUUGAAUUUAUUUUUUUCAACUCAUGACGCGAAAAAUAUCUGCCUCAUUUCUGGAAAACUCUCUCAAAUCGCUGAAAUUAUGAGCUCGCAACGUUCUGGAGAUUUCUUUUCGAAAGGGUCCAUUUUAAUUCUACUGGAAACAGUUGUACUAUCAUCCACGUUUUUCUACUGGGACUAUCCUCAUUUUCUUAAAACAGCAACCUUGGUGUUCAUCAAAUUUCAUGUAGCUUUCAUAAUGAUCCAACUCUAUGAAAUUAAUUUGAAGCUAAAAUCGGCGUUUGAGGACGUGAAUAAAAACUUGGAAAAAGUGGUUGCCAGAUAUGAAAGUGAUAUAUUUACUGUGAGGUCUUUUCUGCCUUUCAUAGAGACUAUUGGCUUUCCAGAAAGGAGAAACAAGCAUCUCACCAUACAAGUGCUGAUUGAUUUACACUGGUCACUGUGUAAAACUGUUGAAAUAUUUAGUGAUUACCUUGGAAUGAAGGUCUUGUUAGUGAUGAUCUACUCAUGCGUUCGAAUCAUACAUGUUCCUUAUUUGAUGAUAAUCUUUUGGAUGGAUUCAAAAGUUAUAGGGAGGGAGGAAGUUUUCCUUACAGCUCGGAAAACUUUGACAGUCUUGAUGUAUAUAAUUGAAGUCCUUCUGCUUAUUAUUCCUUGCGUUCGAACAUCAAGGGAGGCAAAGAGAACCUCAAUUGUAGUCAGUCAAUUACUGGACCGUAAUUCGCCUACAAGUGUUAAUAUACAGCUUCAAAGAUCCAUCCAACUGUUAAGAUUCCACAAUGCGGAUUUCACUGCUCGUGGGCUAUUCAAAUUUGACUUGUCACUUAUCACAUCGAUAGCUGGACUUGCAUCUACUUAUCUUAUCGUCUUUGUACAACACCAAUAUUCUAAAAAAAUCUUCUGUGCUUCUAAUAACAAUAAUGUGACACAAAAUUGACAGUUAUAUUUGUAGUCAUAAUUACUGUUUAUUCAUUUUUGAGUUUACUAUAUGUUCGAGAUAAAAAUAAGUUCUUCAUGACAUCAUUCUGCAUUAUUAUUGUCUACCCCUGGAAUGAAUAUAGGCCUAACUAUCAUUAGAAUCCUAAUAAUUAUACUACAUUGAUAGUGGUAUUUGAAUAUAGCCUAUAUUGACAAUUCGACCAUUCAUUUCGACAAUUCGAUUUUCUGUUUGAUCUAAAGAACAGUAGGCCUCUAAGUGAGAAGUAGAAAGUUUUGUUCAAUUAUUCAACAUUGUGCAACAAAUUGAAUGAGUUUAACAAUGAAAAUUUAAUACUUUUAAGAUUAAUUUUCUCAAAUAAUAAUAAAACAUCAUACUAGAUCAUUGUAGGUUAUUUAGUUUUGUUUUUAAUAUUGUUAGACUAAAAUCUUACAAAAAUAUACAUAAAAUGCAUUAACAGAAACGCUAGACCAUCUGAAUAUAGUGAUUGAUAAUAAUAGUUGAUUGUGUGUUGUAGUAUUUUCACUAUUUUCCUCUGUUUGUAAAGAAUAAGAGAAAUGAAUUUACUUAGAAAUAGUAAAGCAUUUUUGUCAUUGUUAUCAUCAAUUUGGUUUGAUAACAGGGCUGAUGUAAUGACAUCAGAAUUGGUUUGGCAAUAUUAUUGAUUUCAGUCCAUGAUUGACGGCAAAUAUUGUAACAAAUAUAAUAAUGAGGCUUAUUUUGUAUCAUAUUUUUAUAAUUUAUGAAUAAAAACUGAUUUAUUGAAAUAAUUUGUUAUAUGUGAAAUAAUAUUCAUUUUCUAAUUUAUAUUUUUGUCAAGUAAAUUACUUGUAAAGCUGUUGUAGGCCUAUUCGGUUUUAGGUGGAAAAAUUAUGCAAAUUAGUUUUAUUGAAUGUGAUCUUUAAAAAUUAUGGAAUUAAAUAAUACUAGGCCUAAGUGUCGUUUGCACAGUGUCAGACUGCCAGUUGAAAGAAAUCUCAAAUUAAACUAGACUAAAUCUAUAAUAAAGUCUUGUUUUUUUAUUUGGUUCACUGAUUUCAAUUCAGUUUAGGCUUCUAAUGUGCAAAUGGCUUCAAGAAUAUUCAAGCUAAGUAACACUUCAUAUUACAUUUAUUAAUUGUGGGUUCAGCCUGUUGUCCUAUCACAAUCAUUAUUGUGUAUUAUGAUGUGGGCCUGUUAAUAAACAAAAAAAAUAUUUCUGAACGUAAAGUAUUGUGGUGACAUUCAAUAUUCUUUCGUUAUGGAACGAAUUGUUUUUGCUUGAUGGACUGUGAUGAAAGUUUUGAAGAAAUAUUAUUUAUUUAUUUUAAACGCUUCCCUCCGUCAACUUAAUAGGUUUGAUAAAUUUCCAAAAAAAUCAAAAUAAUAAAAGUUCAAAAUGUUGACUACAUUUUUAUGAAACUACUGAAAUUUUGUAACAAAUUACACUCUUAAGGUCUCUUUACACAUCUUAGCUACUCUACGCUGAAAUACGACCUAUCUCCCAAUGUUAAAUCCAAGCUAAGAAUCUGUUCCGUUCACAUGAGCGUAGCGUAGCUUUCAAUCAUAGAGAAAAGAAUAUUAAUCUAUUUUCGUAUAAAAGGUAUUAUUUUGUCUCUGCUUU